AGCUGUUCGCUGGUACUGAAGGGUCUGGGGCUCUGGUGCGCUGUUCUGUUCCAGGAAGCUGGUAACCGGGCCGCCGUUACAAGAAGUCCGUAGCUCGAAUUCUUGGAUCACGCUUUUCACAUUGUCAUUACCAGUCACUCAGAAUCGUCACAAUGGCUGAGGAUCUGUGAAUGACAUGAGACUCACGACAGUGUUGGUCGCAGCGCUCCUGGUGGCGACCUGUGGGAAUAACGAUGCUAGAACCACAGAUGACGGAGGCAAACAGAAAUUCCUCUGGAAAACAGGUGGUUGGGGGUCAUGCUACGCGGUAGGGGGCUGUGGGGAGGGACGGCGUGAACGUCUUGUAUGGUGCUCGGAGGCUGAUGGCCGCACCGUGCUGGAGGUGAUGUGCGACCCACAGUCUGAACCACCUACUAGCAAGCCCUGCUUCACUGCCUGCCGCCAUCACAGGGACAAACUGCAGUGGCAAGUGGGAUCCUGGGGUCAGUGUCUACCCGUGUCUCCUGCAGACGUGAACAAUGUGGCGGCUGUACAUCAGCCCGUGGCAGGCGAUACCCGACACGAUAACUUGGGGGUUACGCAGCGGAACGUUAGCUGCGUGCUUGUGUCGCACGAAGCAAUCAAGGUUCACCGGCCGGUGGACGAGGAAAACUGCUUCACGGUGGCCAGGAAGCCUGACCCCGUCAGGUUCUGCCACAUCCCACGUCCCCAGGACUGCGUGGUAGGUCCUUACGGAGACUGGAGUUCCUGCAAGGGCUGUUCUGCCGUCAACCAAACACGCGUCCGAGCUGUGUUGGUGGCGCCUCUCAACGGUGGGCGGCCGUGCCCACAAUUAACUGAUACGAGGGUUUGUAAUCCGCGGGCGGAAUGUUUGGUACACAGCAGUAGUAGCGCUGAAGAAGGCAGUCGCGCACCGUCGCCUGAGUACAAGCUGAAGCUGGGUGAAUGGCGGCGCUGCGAAGCCCCGACGUCAGUCGUGUCGGCAGAUCUGAUUGAGGCACGCGUCAACACGCCCUUCCAGCAGCACGGUGGUCAUGAUGCACUGUACAUCCCUGGAAGCAGUGCUGGCAGCAGUAACAACAACAACAAUAAUGUGUUUCCUGUGUCACCUGUGCUUGGUGGAACCUCUACUGAGAGCACAGAGAACUAUUUUACAUUUCAGCCACAGGUUGGCUAUCAGACGAGGGAAGUGUCAUGUAGGGAUUCCCGUGGUGCCAUCAUUGACAUCAGCCUGUGUCUCAACGAGGAAAAUUAUCGCAGUGAGAUGCCAUCUGAUGUUCGUCCCUGCGUUGUAGCCCAAGAUUGUGUUGUGAGCCAGUGGUCAGCCUGGAUUCGAACUCAGGAUGGAUGUGUGGCUGCCUCAGGAAAGAUUCGUCCUGAAAUCUAUGAGAGGAAACGUGAAGUGGUGAGAUUACAGGAAGGUGAUGGACAGCCAUGCCCACAUAUUCUGGAAACAAGACACACCACAGACCGUGACCAACUCCAGCUCUGUGCAAACAAAUAUCGCUGGUUGGCUUCAAAGUGGAGUCCAUGUGUAGUGACAUCUGAUGAACCUACUGUGGGCCCAAGACUGCUGGAAGUUGGCUGUGGUGGUGGAGUGCAGCUUCGGGAAGUCACAUGUGUACAGGCCAAUCAAGGCAACCAACCUGUAGUAGAUGAUCUCUGUGAAUCAUUAGAACCAUUGCCAACUGUACAAAGGUGUGAGGUUGCAUGUCCACGUGACUGUGAGGUGGGCCAGUGGGAGCCGUGGGGCCCAUGUAUGCCCCUGGAAUGUCCUUUGUUUGGGGACCCACCUGCUAAAGGCUACCGUGAGAGGCGACGCAACAUUGAGGUAAUGGCAAGCUCACAGGGUUUGACAUGUCCGAGCACAAGAGAGGUGCAGCCAUGUCCGCAGCCAGCAUGUCACAGCUGGGUGGAGGGGCACUGGAGUUCCUGUGAUCUGGACCCUGGGAUAAAGAAGUGUGGGGAAGGGAGGCGAACCCGUGAAGUCACAUGUCGAUCAAUUUAUGGGGGAAUUGUGGAGGACUCGGUUUGUGCCCGACGCCAGGUGAAGCCUGUCACAGAGGAACCUUGUCUGCUUCCCUGCCCAUAUGACUGUGUCCUCUCACCCUGGUCUGACUGGAGUCCCUGCAGCCACAGUUGCUCAUCCCCUCGCCAGAUAGCUUUGAGGCAUCGUAACCGCACUGUGAUAGCUCCUCUUGGAGAAGCAACAGGCGGUCAUAACUGCCCAGAUCCAGAUGAAAUGCUGCAGAUGGAGCCUUGCAACACACAUAGUUGUCAUGGUUACAGCUGGCUGACCCUUCCCUGGCAGUCAUGCCACCCACUGCGUCCAUCUGAAAGGUUCAACAUAACAGCAAAUUCUGUUACAACACUUGAUCCAGAGUUGGAUGAUUAUUUCAACAACAGCAGUGUAGCUGGUAACUGUGGGGCAGGUAUGCAGGAGCGAGAGGUGUGGUGCAUGGAAGCACAUGCCAAACGGGUACCAGAUUCCAACUGCCACCCACUCCAAAGACCAGUCUCAAGCCGUGAAUGUUGGCAGGUGUGCCCUGUGGAUUGUCAUGUGUCCCCAUGGUCAGAGUGGUCAACCUGUCCGCAGCAGUGUGUGCCAGAUGCAAGUAGUGAGGUUCGAGAGGGAGAGGUGGCUCCAACACAGUCACGGCAUCGAGUGGUGCUUCGCUGGCCUUCUGGUGGUGGGGCCCGUUGCCCAGUAUUGGAAGAACUGCGUCCUUGUCCUUUGUCUGGGGCUCGCUGCCGUCACUAUUUAUGGGGAGAAGGCCCUUGGUCAGAUUGCCAGCUCCCAGCAACAGUGGAGUGUGGAAUGGGCUAUCGCACACGCGCUGUUUGGUGCUACAAAAACCAUCGCAGUGUUAAGGUGGAACCCAGUCUCUGUUUGGAGCGAAACAAUGGAACAGCUCCUAGCCAGUCAGAACCCUGUUUUGUAGAUUGCCAAUGGCCAUGUGUAUUAUCCCAAUGGACAGAAUGGUCAUCAUGUAACCAGGCCUGUUCUGUUCGCACAAGAACAAGACAGCUAAUUGGGCUGUCUGGAUCACGAGUUCCAUGCAAGGAUACUGGGCUGUUUCCCUUGGUAGAGACCCAACCUUGUCCUUGUGCUCGCUAUACUCUGCAACCCACUGGUCCUUGGUCAGACUGCUUACUGGAGGGUGAAGGAGUAUCAACCUCAGUUGCUGCAAAUGGUCGGGUUGCUCUCGGUGUGUGUGGGGCUGGCUCAAGGUUUAGACGUUCAGAAUGCUUAGAUGCUGAUGGGAAUCUGGUGGAGCCAAGUUUGUGUGGUGGAGAUUCAGGGCUGGAGGAAGAACCAUGUCUGAUACCAUGUCCAAGUGACUGCCGCCUUGGUGAGUGGAGUGCUUGGGGUGGUUGUAGUGCCAUCUGUGGACCAGGACUGCAUAACAGGAGCAGACAGAUUGUACACCCGUCUUUCAAUGGUGGUCGUCCGUGCGGGUCAUUAAUAGAGCACAAAGUAUGUAGCCAGUCAUGUGAGGUGUUCCACUGGGUGGCAGAUGGUUGGAGUGAGUGUCAGCUAAUAGUGGCUGACAGGAACAGGGGAUGUGGCACAGGAGACCAGUACAGACGAGUCAGGUGUAUGCGUAUAGAUGAAGGCAGAGGAAUAUCUACAGAAGUUGCUGAUGCGUACUGUGAUCCUGUGAUGCAACCACCUGAUCUUAAUGCAUGCCAUGUUGCUUGUCCUGGAAGCUGUGUGUUAGGGCCGUGGUCAGAUUGGUCAGACUGCCCCCAGCCCUGUGAAUCCAGUCAGGAGCGGCAAAGAACACGCUCUGUUCUCCGCAGUCCUGCAAAUGCCCAUGAUGGCGCUACUCAACUUAACUGUCCACCCCUCAUUGAAGCACAGGCUUGUCAUCUCAACACCACUUGCUUCAGCUACAGUUGGCAUCGCACAGAGCUGGGGUCAUGCCUGCCAUUGGGGGGCAGCCCAUGUGGAGAAGGAGUGCAGUCCAGAGCUGUCUUCUGUCAACGGAGUGACGGGAGGCCUGUUGCAGACAGGUAUUGUGAGGCAACAGGCGAAGGACGUCCAUCAGCUUCAGAGAAGUGGUGCUAUGUGGACUGCCCUGUGGACUGUGAAGUCACUCAGUGGAGCUUCUGGAACCAGUCCACAUGUCACUGUGGACUAACAGGUGGUGUGAUGGUUAGAGAACGCCGUGUGGUGACACAACCCAGUGAGGGAGGCCGCCCGUGUCCAGAACCAUUCAUACAGCAUAAGUCAUGCCCAGCUCUACCAUGUUAUGCUUGGCAUCGUGGUUCAUGGGAUUCCUGUGAUUUGCAGGGAGCAUGGUGUGGGCAUGGCAUCAUGUCUCGAAAUGUGACGUGUCUGCGCGGAGACACUAUGCCAGUGGAGCCGCACCUCUGUCAGACUGCAGCAAAAAAUUCUGUGGACCUGAAGCAUCAGGAACGGUGCUAUGCCCCAUGUAGAGGGGACUGUCGUGUCUCAGAGUGGAGUCACUGGUCUCAUUGCCACCGUAAUUGCCAGGCUGCUGAUGUAGGGGGCUAUGAGACAAGAUCAAGGGCAGUUCUGAAACCACCAACACCUGGAGGGGAGCCAUGUCCUACUGCUCUCUGGGAGACACGCCCCUGUUUUACUGGACCAUGCCUUACAUUUGGCUGGGUAGUGGGUGAUGAUGGACAUAUCUCCUGUCAGCGCUCUGAUGGUGUUAGGGUUGUGGGUGGAUGCGAAGGAAAGCCCAAGCCAUGUACUGGGGAUGACUGUGCAGGUGUGCAACAUGCACAUUGUGACACCCAGUUGGGUGUGUGUCUGUGUAAGCCAGGGUAUGAACCUCAGUAUGAUCACCAUCAGCUGCUGCUAUGUUCAGUGGAUGGACAGACAACAUCAGAUGACAAUGCUGCUCAACAUAAGGUUGGCACAUCUGCCAGUAUCAUCCCCCCUGUCCAUCAGACUACAGCAUCAGAAGAUAAGGUUCAGUCCCGAUACUACUACCCACAGGAUGAUGACAUCAGUGUGUGGAUGUUUACAAUGAUUGGGAUUGGCUGCAUAUUUGUUGUAUUUGUUGCGGUCUCCAUCUACCUCAUGUGGCGAAUUGCAGUGGGAAAGGCCAACUGCACAGAGGAAAAUCGGGGUCCCACACACCAGCGGUUCCCUUAAAUACAUGUAAUGGCAGUUGGAGUAUUAUGGGUCAUUAUUGCUCGGGGCAGUCAAUGCCACCACCGCCAUCCCAGCAGCAGCAAGUGGGUGUAGAUGUACCAGAGGUUAAACCUUGAUGAGCAGCCACUGAGUGUGUUCCAUAGACUUUUGUUACAGUUAUAGUUUGAAGUGAUGUGGAGGCAGCAAGUUGAGAAUCUGGUUGAAUGUUGCAGUGUUAACUGUACUCUGUCUACUGGUUUGUAAAAUUAAGCACAGGAUGAGAGAAUUUUAGCACGUAAGACUAUCACAAAUUUCACAAAUGAAAAUGUAUAUGAUCACAAAGCAGAAUAUUGUACAGGUCUUGUACCUAGUGUGGCUGAAUUACUAUCUUGAAAGGUAGCUUGAAAUAUUGCAAUAUGUUAAGGAGUAUGACUGAAGUGGGAAGAUACACCCCAAUCAAGUACACAUACUCUUGUACAUUUACAUGUAAUUCCACUGAUUAUCAUUUACCUGUGUACACAAUAUACAUUUAGCAUUUAUAAAGUCACAUAAACAGUCAAAGAUAAGUAAGUGUAAUGACAAAUACAAAGUCUGAUGAACACAGGAGAUAGAAAGUCACACUUGUCUGUUAGCUGGGAGUAUUGCCGAAAGGAAAACCAAACAAUGGUCCGAAAUUAAGGUAAAUGUACUUAUGUAUUAGUUAUCCUCAAAGCACCAUCUUACAGAUAUUACACUUGUUUUAUGUUCAGUCAUUCAGGGGUUGACACUAGUGUAGAUGCUGGAAUAGUUGUAGGAUUUUCCUUCUUUGUGUUCCAUCAGAUCUAGCAAGGAAAAUGUUGCAUGAAAUGGAAAUGCAAGGCAUACUGAGCUUUCAAACCUCACAGAUUGUAGAUGGCAGAACUUUUACUUCAGAACUAUCUUUGUAAUGGAAGGGAUAUAAAAAAUGUCUGUGUUUGAAACCCAGAUGUGAUCAUAGAUGUCAGUACAUAUUUGCCACAUCAGGCAAGCAAAUUUUCAGUGUCUGUGCAUUUAUACUUGUACAAAAUAAAGGAGCAGUUCUUCUGGCAUGGAUCUUUGCCUGUCUGUCUAUCUGCAUUGAAGGUUAUUGUGACUUAAGUCAUGAAGCACUCAAGAUUGGUGCUUGCUGCCGGCCUUUCCAUUUGACCAGCUCCUGUAAUUUCUAACUGUUUUUGUCCUAUCAUGUUUCAGACACUGAAAGUUAGGCCAAGUUGUGAUUAUUGUGAUAGCACCAUAACAAAAAGUACAUUUCAUUGAAAACCAUUGGAUCUCAGUGCCAACAUUUAAACCCAUUAUUCUCUUAUAAAAAAAAUACUUCCAUUGCAAAUGCCUGUUUUAUGGGGUUAUCGAAUUUUCAAGUAUUUUUAAAGACAUUAAUAUGUUUCUGGUCUGAUCAGCCAAUUAAAUAAGUAAGUUACUUAAAUAAAUCUAAAUACAUGAGCAAGACCAUUCGAACAAACUUGAAAUUUGCAAAUAAUAUUUGACGAAAACAAGAAUGCUAGUGCAGGAUCCAAGUGACAAUAUUCUGCAUCUUGUGGGGACACAGUGUAAGCACUGCAGCAACCAACAGAUGAGCUGGUGGUGAACAAGACAAUAUUAAAGGUUGUGGUGUGGCAAUGUCCAAAGUCCUGCCAAAUACUUUUCUGAUAUUAAUACUAUUACAUGUUUAUUUUCUAUCAUCCAUUGUCAUCUCUAACUUCUGUGUGCAAGUGUGUGACUGAGUGCGAACAUUUUAGUGUUGUUUAUCACAUGAAGAGUCUGAAACUGUAACAGUUCAUUUGUAAAUAUAAAAAAACUGUAAAUUUUUAUGGAUACAUUAACUGCGCUGGUACAGAGCUCAAGGCAAUUGUAACAUUACUCAUUAUUGUUGUAUUAAUACUGUAAUAUUAUAUUAUGCUGGGUGUAAAUGUAGUAUAGGAUGACAAUAUAUGUCAGAACCUGUCAUGAAA